GGAACAACAGGAGGCAGUAAUGCUCCAACUUGGCUGCCGACCGCCGUUUAACCCCAUGAAGAGGAAGAAGAGCGUUUGUUUUGCUCCGACACUGUGAUGGCAUCUAAGAUACCGACAACUGCACUUACUUUGAAACAGUUUUUACAUAGGCAGAGCAUUUUGGGACUAUACAGAAAGAUGCUGAGAACAAUACGACAUGUGCCGGAUCAAACGGAUAGGAAAUACCUCCGAGACUGGGCAAGAGAUGAAUUUAGAAGGAACCGGAAUGCCACUGACCAGGAUGCCAUACGUAUGAUGAUCAUACAAGCAAAUAACCAUCUGGAGGAGCUGCAAAGAUCUCUUGCAUUGGCUGGGAACUAAAAAAAAAAAUUGAGGAUCUGCACUUCCUGAACACAUAACAGAUUGAAAGCAGUGACUGGACACUACGUUAGGGAUCUUGACUUGAGGCUGUUUAAAAUACACAACAGGGCCACCUGAUCAGUACUGGAAAAUUCUAAAGAGUGUUCAUAAUGUUUAAGUGGCUUCAAAUUUUCCAUCCACAAUUACAGAAUAAAUAAAUGUAUCUGUAUAUAUAAAACAUUUUGAAUCAGUAGGUGCCAAUUUUAUUUCGCUGUAUUCUUAUAUGAGUUCUGAGGUCACAUUUAUGCAGAGGUGGGUAGAUUAGCCAAAAAUUUGACUCAAGUAAGAGUAGCGUUACUUCAAAAUAAUAUUACUCAAUUAAAAGUAGUCAUCCAAAAAAAUGUACUCAAGUAAAAGUAAAAAAGUAUUUGGUGAAAAGAAUACUUAAGUAAUAAGUAACAUUGUGAGUAACUGCUUACAUUUUUUUUUUAAAGUUUUUUUUUUUUUAGUCAGCACAGUUAUUUAUAUGAGCUGUUGUUAUAAUACAUGUGAGUUGUUGUUAUAAUACUGUACAAUAACACAUUACAUAACCAUAUCAAGCCAAAGAAAUACAAAAUAAAGGGGAAAAAAAACAAUGAAUUCCGUGAAAAAAAAAAAGUGAAAGUGAAAAAAAAUUACAGAAAUGAAGUAUUAUUUGUCCAAAGAGCCAGAGUGCCUUCUAGUGCAGAAAAUAUUUCCUAGUUUGAAUAGUUCCUUCAUAGUUACUACUAUGAAAUUAAAAGGGUCAUAUCUCCGGUUUUCCGUGGUCAAUCGGCGCCAAAUAAAAAUUUGGAAAGAGGUUUAAAUCCGCAUUUUCGAGUCAUGUUGAGGGCAGCGCUCUAUGUCAAAUAUUUUAAAAAAAAAAAAAAAAAUAGAUUAAAAAAAAUUUGGGCCUUCGCACGCUUAGUGCUCGGGCCCUAAAUAUGUAGAAAUGUAACGACUCUUGUGUAGCCCAAAGUAGCUGAGUAAGAGUAUCGUUAUUUCUUCACAAAUCUACUCAAGUAAAAGUAUAUAGUAUGGCUUGGUAAAACUACUCUUAGAAGUAUUCUCAAAAAGUUACCGGUACUCAAGUAAAUGUAACGGAGUAAAUGUAACGCUUUUCUGCCCACCUCUGCUUUUAUGGAUUUUUAAAAUACAUCUAGGAGUUCCCAACAUUUAACGUCAUUUAUGGAAAAAGUUUGAAUAGCUCCUGACCGUUUCCAUUUUCAAUGAUAAAUCUUUGUGUGCGUUAAAAAAACAACAACUGAAAUCUGCGCUUUCGAGCAAUGUUGACGACAUCGCCCUUUGUCACUUUUUUUUUUUUUUUUUUUUUAAACAGCUACUGCAUUGGCUGGGAAUCGGACCCAGGCCUCUCGCAUGGAAAGCGAGAAUUCUAUCACUGAACCACCAAUGCUCACAGGACAGAAAGCCAUACGAAAAAGUGAAAAUCUCCUUAAAAAUGAAGGUCAAAGUGCUUCAAAUAAAGAACCUGAUCAUAGCACUGUAUAAAAGAAGAUCGCUGUAUUAGAAGAAUAAACUUCCUAAACAGAUACUGCAUUGGCUGGGAAUCGGACCCAGGCCUUUCGCAUGGCAUGCGAGAAUUGUACCACUGAACCACAUAUGCUCAUUGCUCACAGUAGAGAGGACGAUAUGAAAAAGUGAAGAUUUCAUUAAAAAUGAAGGUCAAAGUGCUUCAAAAAAAGAACCUGAUCAUAGCACUGUGUAACAGAAGAUCGCUGUAUUAGAACAACAAACAUCUUCAACAAAUACUGCAUUGGCUGGGGAAUCGGACCCAGGCCUCUCACAUGGCAAGUGAGAAUUCUACCACUGAACUACCAAUGGUCACAGUGUAGAGGGCCAUAUCAAAAAGUGGAAAAUUUUAUUAAAAAUCAAGGUCAAAGUGCUUCGAAAGAACUACCUGAUUAUAGUGCUGUAUACCAGCAGAUUACUAUAUUAGAACAUCUGACUUCUUAAACAGAUACUGGAUUGGCUGGGAAUCAGACCCAGGCCUCUCGCAAGGGAAACGAGAAUUCUACCACUGAACCACCAACGCUCACAGAACAGAGUACCAUAUGAAAAAGUGAAAAUUUCAUUAAAAAUCAAGGUCAAAGUGCUUCAAAAGCAGAACCUGAUUAUAGUGCUGUAUUAACAAAGAUCACUGUAUUAGAAGAACAAACUGCUUAAACAGAUACUGUAUUGGCUGGGAAUCGGACCCAGGUCUCUCGCAUGGCAAGCGAGAAUUCUACCACUGAACCACCAAUGCCCACAGCAGAAAGCUCCAUAUGAAAAAGUGAAAAUUUCAUUAAAAAUCAAGGUCAAAGUGCUUCAAAAGAAGAACCUGAUUCUGGUGCUGUAUAACAGCAGAUUGCAAAAUUAGAACAUCAAACUCCUUGAACAGAUACUGCAUUGGCUGGGAAUCAGACCCAGGCCUCUCGCAUGGCAAGCGAGAAUUCUACCACUGAACAACCAAUGCUCACUGCUCACAGUAUAGAGGACCAUAUGAAAAAGU